AUGGGCAGCUUUGUGAGACGCAAUGAAGGCAAUGAUAGUUAUCUCAUGAAUCAACCAAUGACUGUUACUGGGAGCUACAGCCAUUCAGGUGGCCAUGAAUUCAACACGGCUGGAUCUGGCCCUUACCACCUUCCCCAGCAUUCGUUUAACACAUACGGGUCUCAAUUUGGUCCCUCCUAUGGGCAACAAUCUGGUCUCUCUGCUGGCAUGCAGCAUUUGCAGUACCCAUCAGAUCAUACGAUCCCCUCGAUGACCACCUCGGAGGAACUGAGAUUGCAUCAUUCGUCUUCGCAGUAUAUGCCAGAACCACGAUACCUGCCUACUAGAUACCUACCCCUUCGAGAGGCUCUCAGUGAGACGGAGAUUGAGGAUCAAGAGUCUCAUAACGAAGCGACCACGCUUUCGGAAGCUGUAGUUCCCCCGCUGGAUGGGUUUCCAGAUGUCAAGGAAUUUGAUCAAUUGAUGCAGAGCUAUGUUGAUGAACUGUCGGUCAAGAAGCAAGACAAGGCCUUAAUCCAUGCCAAAAGAGCACGGAACAUCAAGAACGUGCUGAUGGAGCCGAAAGACACAGCGAUUGAAUCCGCACAGUUUCGCUUCUGGGUCAAAAAGAUGUUCAAGCUUCAGAGCACCAACGGUAUGGGAACAACUGAUUGCCGCAAAAUGAUCUGCCAUGAGGGAAAGCCCGUCGCCAUCCGUGAGAAACUGUUCAAAAUCCUUACGCAAGCCCACAAACAAUGUCAGCAUGGUGGGCGUGAUAAGACAUCUGCCCAGGUCCGACUACGUCGUGGGGGUUCUCGUCUCACUCCACCCAGUUCACGGCGAAGCUCCCCUCGCCUAGAUAGGGUAUCACGUUCUCCAAAACUGCCUUCACCACCCCUUUCAAGACGGGAAUCAAGCUUUGGGGGACAAGUAUCCCUGGAUCGAGCGCAUUCUGACUAUUUUGGCCAAUUACAUGGUCAUCACGGGUGGAUUGAUGGCCACCAGAAUGUACAGGCCCGAUCUACCUUGGGUAGUGGAGUCCGAUCUUCUCACGGACCCAUGGGCAGUCUUACACACUCAAUUACAGGCACAUUGGACCAUUUCCCGGAUCUUUCUGUUUCGGGCUCACAACUUAGCUACACGGGCGGAUAUGUUCCAAUGUACGGUCCACCUCCUCAGCGGGAAUAUUGA